GACAGUAGAGUUUUCCAUCAGUGAAACAAUGAGAGAAUUCCUGACAAUUACUUUCUGUUUCCUUUCAGUUUGUGGGACGUGUGGUCAGGAGGAGCCCAGCGGCAUGUGGAGACAGAAGAUCCGCUGGACCAAUAACGGGCAGGUGUACAGUUUGUUAAACAGCGGCGCAGCUUACCGGCCCCCGAGCCAGGGGAGAGGAGCGGAGUCCCCACCCCAGAACAUCUAUCUGAGCACCGCCAGGGAGAGCAGUCCGAGCCGGGAGCAGCCUCGGUUAUCCCGGGGUCCCGGCAGGACACUCAGCACCCGCCAACUAGGUCCCGGAGCCCGGCUUCAUACCGAGGGGCGACUGCCCAGGGACAGGGAGCCUCUGACCCCCAGCCUGGAGCAGCGGGGGGCCGCCGGCCAUUCAGCUGAAUUGCAAGGGGACGAUCCGCGGAGUCACUUCAAGAACCGCAAUAGUGUGUUUUACAACGUCUACAGCUCACCCCCCAGGCCAUCCCGACCCGUCAUCCGCCGAAGACUUGGGCUCGGGACCAGCUAUUUUCAAAACGGGCUUCCUGACUUAGUUCCUGAUCCAUAUUACAUUCAAGCGUCCAUGUAUAUCCAAAGGAUGCACAUGUAUGCAUUGAGAUGUGCGGCUGAGGAGAACUGCCUUUCAAGGUCUGCCUAUAGUCCCAGAACAAGUGACCUCAGUAUUAGGGUGCUUCUACGGUUUCCUCAAAGAGUCAAAAAUCAAGGGACUGCUGACUUCCUCCCAAAUAGGCCGCGCCACACCUGGGAAUGGCACAGUUGUCAUCAGCACUACCACAGUAUGGAUCAGUUUAGCCAUUACGAUCUGUUACAGGCCACCACGCAGAGGAAAGUAGCUGAAGGACACAAAGCUAGCUUUUGUCUAGAAGACACUGUGUGUGACCCUGGCAUCCGAAGAAGAUAUGCAUGCACUGCACAUACUCAGGGAUUAGGUCCUGGUUGUUAUGAUACAUACAAUGCAGAUAUUGACUGCCAGUGGAUUGAUAUAACAGACGUCGCUCCCGGAAACUACAUACUGAAGGUUUCAGUGAAUCCAGGAUUCCUGGUUCCAGAAUCAGUAAUGACAAACAAUGUGGUCAGGUGUGAUAUUCUGUAUACUGGGAGCUACGUGUCAGCUAGAAACUGCAGAAUUACAAGAUACUAAGGAUGACUCUUAGAUGUCAAAUGGUGAAUUGCUGGACUCCAAAGUUGGUUAGAAGUGUGUAUAUUCUUAGAAUUUUUGCUUGUUCAGUUUUGUGAUUGCAUUUAACAGAUUUGUGAAGAAAGUCUGUGACUUUAGUUUUGCUUCAGGCCUACAAUAUUGUGUUACCAAUUUAGAAUAAUUGUUGCAAUACAACAGGGAACUUUGUGAUAAU